UCCCCUCGGCAGCUGGCCGGGGAGGCAAACCUCCGCCUGUACAUGAGAUCUGCUUGCAACCAGCCACUCGGGGAGGACGUCCGACACCGCGCCGAGUCCUGUGCUGCAUGAACCGGUCGCUCCUGGUGCGGCUCAGCUCUUUCUCCCGCCCCCCUCCACUACGUGCUGGGAGGGAGGAAAAAAAACCCUGGAUAGACCAGCACCAGCACUUGCAGCCACAUAUAAACAUUUGGCUCCGACGCAACUUGCAAGUGCUCUCAAAAAGUCAUUGAUUUAUUUCUGCGAUCUCAUCCCUGUCUCUGCCGCGUUAACUUCAGCGAUCCGUGGAUCUGUGGGGUGUUUUUUGUUGGAGACGGCCGUCUGUCGGCUUUAAACUGAAACGAAGAUAAUACCAACCCAGGGAGAUUUUAUUUUAACCGGAUCACCAUCAUGAAUGACUUGAGCCCGUGGGUUACUGCUGCUGUGUUGAUUGGGUUAGUCACCUUGCUGCAGCAGACUGAAGGUGUGUGCGUUCAUCAGGGAUCACUUUAUGCGAAUAACACAGUUUGGAAAGCGGAUUCUUGCCAAGAUUGCAGCUGCCACAGUGACAUUGUCUUAUGCACAGCCACCCAGUGUCAGAACCCACAGUGCGAUUUCAAUAAGGGAGAAGUUUUCAUAAUCAAUCCAAAUACUUGCUGUCCUGAGUGUGCCUUGAGAACAGAAAACUUCUGUGGAUAUGAAGGGCAGAUUCAUGGGGAUGGCACUGAAUGGUCAAGCACAGAUUGUACUGUUUGUUCCUGUACCAGCAAGCAAGUUACAUGUGGCCCAAAAUAUUGUCCCUCCAUUUCUUGUGGGAGAGAAGAAACUAUGUACACCCCUCUUGGAGACUGCUGCCCAAUUUGUGUCAAAACUGGAGUAUCAUGUCUGUUCGAGGGAAGAACGUACAGGGAUGGUGAAGACUGGAAACCGACCGCUUGUUCAAAGUGUGUCUGCAGUAAUGGAGAGGCACAAUGCUACACUGCAGAAUGCCAGCCCGUGUUCUGUAAGAAGGAUGAAGAUGUGGUAUUGCAGGUUGGAAAGUGCUGUCCUGAAUGUCUGCCAAAACCCUGCUCCUUGGCAGGGAGGAAGUACGAGCAUGGUAACCAGUGGGAAAAGACCGAAUGCACCAGUUGUAUCUGUGACGGCGGUGAAAUCAGAUGUUAUACGCAGAUGUGCCCAUCGUUGACUUGUGAAAAGGGGCUAAAUAAAGUUAAAAGAAUUGGACGCUGCUGUGAGGAGUGUGUAUCUGGAAAGGGACAUUGCCAGUAUGAAGGUGUCACCAGGUACCACAGCGAGAUGUGGAAAAGGACUGGCUGCGAGUUCUGUAUGUGCGAGAGAGGACAGGUCCUCUGCCAAUUGACAGAGUGUGCCAGGGUGGAAUGCUCGUGGGGUGAAGAACUGCUGCAUUUGCCUGGAAAAUGCUGUCCUGAAUGUUUGCCAGUGGCCAGUUUCUGUACUUAUAAAGAACAAAGCAUGCAGGUGCAUCAUUCAGAUUUGAAAGGUGAAAAAAAUCUGCAGAAUGGAGAAAAAUGGCAUGAAGGUCCUUGUAAGAAAUGUGAAUGUCGAGAUUCAUUGGUGACCUGUUACAAGCGUUCCUGUCCUCUGUGUCCCGCUGGCAGCCUUGCUGUGAAGGUGAAUGGCGAAUGUUGUCCUGAAUGCCAACCAGUUCAGUGCCACCCGGAUUGCCUGACCUGCUCACAAUCACCUGAUUAUUGUGACAUCUGCAUGGACAAGAGACGGCAUCUGCAGAAUGGCCGCUGUUUGCAGCACUGUGACCAUGGGUUUCACCAAGACAGCGGGCUGUGUAAAGCAUGUGACGAACCAUGUGCCACUUGUCAAAAUCAGUUUGAAUGCUCAUCGUGUAAGGAGUUCUUGCUGCUGAAGAAUGGUCAAUGCGUGCCUUCUUGUGGGGAAGGGUUUGCUCAGCAUCAGUUGCAGUGUACAGCUUGUCAUGAAUCCUGCUCGUCGUGCCGUGGUUCUGCGGAGAAUGAUUGUGUUAACUGCAGGGAUCCAUCGUUUCAACUGAAAAAUGGUGCCUGCGUUGCCAACUGUGGACUUGGCUAUUUCACAAAGAAUGGGAGUUGUUACGCAUGUGACUCCUCUUGCCAGACUUGUCACCUUGACAACGCAAAAUGCCUGAGCUGUUCAGAAGGCAAAGUUGUCCACAAUGGGAAAUGUGUCCCACAUUGUCCUGAAGGGUAUUAUAAAGACGUGGCUAACAGAUGUACAGCCUGCCAUGCAUCCUGUGUGACCUGCACUGGCUCUGCUCCUGUGCUUUGCACCUCCUGUGCCAACCACCAUGCCCUGCACAAAGGCCAGUGCCUCUCGGCUUGUCCCGUGGGAUUUUACUCAGCGGGUGGAAUAUGCCGAGCCUGUCGUCCUCCUUGCCGAGCCUGUGUUGGACCCAAAUAUUCGCAGUGUAUCAAUUGCCUCAAAGCUGCGGAAGCCAUUCAGAUUCUUCAGGAGACUGAUGGAGUAUUGCAUGGAGAGUGUGUCACCCACUGCAAGCCUCAUUUCUACAUGAGUAGCGCUAAAUUGUGCACAGAGUGCCAUUCCACUUGUAUGAGCUGCACAGGGAACAGUCCCCAGAACUGCACAGUCUGUUUUUCAUCGAGAGUCCUACAUGAAAGCAAAUGUCUCCUUGCGUGCCCUGAAGGAUUUUAUAGUCAAGACAAAGCCUGUUAUUCUUGUCAUCCUUCUUGCAAAGGAUGUGACGGUCCCUCCGACUCUGACUGUAUAACAUGCCACCCCCAUGCGACCUGGCUGAACGGAUAUUGCAGAACUGGCUGCAAUGAGGGCCAGUACCUCAACCAGGUUGGAUACUGUGUUGAAUGUCAAACAGAUUGUCAGCAGUGUGUGGCCAACCUUCAACGCACAGGUAGCGUCUGUCUGAACUGUAAGAUACCACAUGGGUUGCUAUUUGGAGACCACUGCGUGUCCCAUUGUCCGAGGGGCUAUUUCAUGAGCAGUGGUGCUUGUAGAAGAUGCCAUUCAUCAUGUAAAGCUUGCAGAAGUGAAGGAGCCUAUGGUUGCACUGAAUGUGAAGCUGCCCUGGUUCUUGCCCACAAUGGCAUGUGCUCGAGUGGCUGUCCUCAAGGAUAUUACAGCAACAGUGACCAGAUCUGCCAGUUCUGCAGUGGCCAAUGUUUGACCUGUGAGUCAAAUUCAGCUUGUUUGUCCUGCAAAGACCCAUCUAAAGUGUUACUCUUUGGAGAAUGUCAAUAUGAGAUCUGUGCCCAGCAGUAUUACAUUGACUACACUACAGGAAUUUGCCGAGAGUGUGACUGGAGCUGCAAUGCUUGUAAGGGAUCUCUCAAGACCGACUGCCUUCAGUGCAUGGAUGGCUAUGCUUUGCAAGAGGGCUCCUGUGUGGCGCAAUGUAAAACAGGCUUCUACAAAGCAGGAGAAGAAUGCAUACGAUGUAAUGAUCGUUGUGUGAAGUGUAGCAGAUCUGACGUGUGCAGCCAAUGUGACACACCUUAUCUACUGUUGGGAACACAAUGUGUUCGUGACUGUGGGAGAAGAUAUCACUCCGAUCAUAAACAACAAAAAUGUACAGAGUGUUUGGCUGGGUGUUUAGAAUGUGACAAUGUCUUGCAGUGCAAGCUAUGUGACAGCACUACCUUCCUAAAGAAUGCACUCUGCGUUUCUGACUGCGGCCCAGGUUACUAUGGCAAUGUGCAUAAGAGACUAUGUGAAGUUAACGUUUACGCGCCUGUCCUUCACACGACCAGCUCGGUAUUUGUGGCCAUUGGCGGCAGCCAGGUACUGAACACUUCCGUUCUCAGCGUCUAUGAUGCUGACACACCCAGCGUGAACCUCCUCCUCCACGUCGUCAAUCCUCCUGACAAUGGGAAACUCGUUCGGAAGCACGAGGGGAAAGAGAUCCACCUUCGGAAAGGAGACACCUUCACCGUCCCCGAGUUAAAGAAACACAGCAUCCACUUUAUUCAUGAUAAAGACAAAUCCAGGAAGGGGAAAUUUACCCUGAAAGCCAGUGACCACCAACUGUUCUCCCUUCCAGAUACAAUUAACAUUCAAGCUCUUUCAUUCAAGGGCCCCUACGUGCUGACUAAUAAAGUCUUAUUGCUCAGUAGAGGUGAAUUGGGUACCAUUUCUAAUCUGGUUUUGGACAUUCAAGAUGAUGACAAUCCCUCAGAUGUGGUGCUGAGAGUGUUGGACCCACCGAAACACGGCCACCUCAUUUUGCUCCCAACGGAUGUAAAGGUGCAGGUGUUCCGACUGGAAGAUCUUAAAAGGGGACAGCUCCGUUAUGUUCACGAUGGAACGAGCAGCCUGCGUGACAAAGUGCUUCUACAGAUAAACGAUGGUCACAAUGUCCUGAAUGUUCUCCUCCUGAUCAGCAUUAUCGAGAAGAAGAAUGGCAAAGGACCACACCUUUUGAAAAACUUGCCAGGAUGGGUCCCAGAAGGUGGAUUACUGAAGAUUACCAACAAACUACUGAAGGCAGAAGACAAAGAUGCCGAUGAUUCUGAAAUUGUCUUCAAUCUGAUAGAUGCAAAGGAAACCCCCAAAUAUGGUGAUGUGAUCAUCUUGGUACCAAUGUCAGCUGAUGACCCAGCGGAUGGGUGGCAAAGGCUGCCGGAGGGGAAAACAGCUACUGCUAUAAACUCCUUUACACAGCAGGAUCUUAAUGACGGUGCAGUAUGGUACCGACAUUCAGGAGUAAUUUCUACUGAGGAUUCGUUCAAGUUUCAGGUUACAAAUGAUGCCAGGACUCAUAUUGAAGAUGAAAGCCAUAUAUUUCAAAUUGGAAUUCUGCAGGAAAGCAAGGAUGCUCCGCAGCUCGCACCUGGUGUUAUUACCCCUCUACAAGUCACCGCACUAGAAGACAGAGUUACAGUAAUCCAGGCUGCACAGUUGUCCUUUGUAGACAGAGACACACCAAGCCAGGAUUUAAUCUACAAUAUCACGGUUCCGCUGCUCCCUGAACAUGGUACGCUUGAACACUCUGACAGCUCUUUCUUCCCAGUUACGUUCUUCACUCAGUCUGACAUUGACAGUGGGAAGAUUCUGUAUCGGCCCCCAGAAGCAUUGUUGCAUGUGCAAGGAUUAUUCAAGUUCUCUUUCACUGGUCUGCCUGAAUCGGUGAACUUCUUUUUCACAGUUUCUGAUGGAGAACACAUCUCCCCCGAAAUGGAAUUUAUCAUACAUUUGUUGUCUACCAAUCAACAGCCUCCCAUUUUUCAAAUAUCUGAACCUUUCAUUGAGGUCAGUCAAGGAGGUAGAGCAGCUGUAGGUUUGAGCCAGCUGGCUGUCCGCGAUGCAGACACGUACCCCGACGAUCUUCUCUUUGAACUGGUCGAGCCCCCUCACGCUGGAGUGCUGAUUAAAUCAGAUUACAGAGAGGCAGUGGAAAUGGUGAAAGGAGAAACGUUCAUGCAUGAUGAUGUGGUACGAAAUAUACUUCAUUAUGUGCAUGAUGGCAGCCACACCACAGAGGACAGCAUGCAGAUCUUGGUCACUGAUGGAGUUACCACGGCAACAACACAGCUGGAAAUUCAUGUCUCAGGCACAGAUAGUGAGGGACCCCGACUUGCACCGGGGUCUUUGCUAACUAUUUCCGUGCCAGAGAAAAGCUCUGAAACUAUAACAAGAUCUCAUCUGGCAUACACUGAUAAUAAUUCAGCUGAUAGUAAAAUCCGGAUUCAGUUGAUCUCGCUGCCCAUGUAUGGUGUCCUCACCAAUCGGCACAUGGAGCUGUUGGAAUUUUCAACAUUUACAAUGGAAGAUAUCGAUAACCAAAGAAUUAGAUACACAACUGACUUUGAUACCAGCAAUCAACCUGUCACUGAUAUUUUCCAUUACACCGUCUACGAUGUUGAUAACUACCGUCUGGACAACCAAAUGUUUACCAUCACCAUUACUGGUAGCCAGGACCACUCACCUCUAGUUAAUGUCAAAGAUGAAGUUACUGUGGAAGAGGGAGGAAGGUUAUUGCUCUCGCCGCACAGUAUUUUGGCAACAGAUUUGGACACACCAAAGAAGGACGUGUUAAUAAAGAUAACAAGAGCACCCGAGUUUGGAUACAUUGAAAAUCUGAGAGAAGGAAGAAGUGAUCAAGUUGUCAUCAUCAGCCCUGAUGUUCCCUUCUCAGUGCAGGAUAUUCUCGACAAUAAUAUUUACUAUGUGCAGAGUGUCCAUCGCGGCAGUGAACCGGUUUCAGACGGCUUUGACUUCUACGUGACCGAUGGUGUCACUCAGUCUCCAAUGCACCACUUCAACAUUAUUAUUCAGCGUAAAAAUGACGAGCCUCCAAACAUGACUGUUGAAGGUGUCCAAGUAAAGAAGGGAACAAGUUCAGUGAUCAGAAACACCUCACUUAGUCUGAUUGACCUGGACACACCUGAAAAUGAACUGGUGUUCAAAUUGACCAAAAUGCCAAGCAAUGGCAAGUUACGGAAAAGGCAGUUUUAUUCAGAGCCUCUGGAAAAUGGCCGUCUAUUGACGCAAGGCUCCUCCUUCACAUACCAAGAUGUGUUAGACGAGUUAAUUGUUUACACCCACGAUGGGACCAACACACAGUCGGAUGAAUUCCGUUUUUCCUUUACGGAUGGCCUCUACACGGAAAAUGGGAAAAUGGAGUUCUUCAUUUUAAAACAGAAGAAUGAGUCGCCGCGAUUAUUGAUCAACCAAGGCCUACAGUUCUCAGCAAGCAAGAACAAGCGUUCAGGAUCUGUUUCAGUAAUCACACAGCAGCACCUUAAAGCUACUGAUAUUGAUUCCGAUGAUGAAAAGCUCAAGUUUGUUCUCACCAAGGACCCCACAGUCGGGCGACUGCAGAUGUCUAAAAAUGACAAUUUGGUUCAAAUUUCGAUUAGGGGACCAGUUAAAACAUUUACCCAAGCUGACAUUAACAAAGGAUAUAUAGAAUAUCGACAUGAAAAGGGGGAGCCUGGUGGAAGUUUUGCUUUCAAAUUUGAUGUUGUAGAUUCAGAUGGAAAUAAACAAAUCGAUCAAUCUUUCUUCAUCACUGUAUUGGAAGAUAAAUUUCCGCCAACCAUUGUAGUUAACAAAGGUUUAGUGCUGGAAGAAAACUCGGUGAAAAAAAUCACAACGUUUCAGCUGUCAGCCACUGACCAGGACAGUGAACCUGGGGAACUGACCUACAGAUUAACCCAACAACCUCGGCUGGGCCACAUUGAACAUGCUGCUUCUCCAGGAAUAAAGACUACCCAUUUUACACAGGCCGAUCUGGCAGCUCGCAGCAUUCAAUAUGUCCACACAAGCGAUGAGGAGAAACAUUCCGAUGAUUUCAUCUUUUCAGUGUCUGAUGGUCUUAACGAGGUGUCUCAAACAUUUUACAUUACUAUUCGGCCUGUGGAUGAUGCACUGCCUGUGGUACAAAUUCCCGGAAUGCGAGUGCAAGAGGGAGUGAGAAAGACCAUAACCGAAUUUGAGCUGAAGGCUACUGAUGCAGACACAGAGGCUGUAUCUUUGACCUUUACCAUUGUACAACCCCCGCGCCAUGGGACCAUUGAGCGCACUAAUAACGGACAUCACUAUCGUCAGACCAACACGUUCACAAUGGAUGACAUUUACCAGAAUCACAUCAGCUACAAUCACGAUGGCAGCAACUCUUUCAAAGAUCGUUUUGCUUUCACUGUGACUGAUGGGACCAAUCCAUUCUUCAUCGUCGAAGAGGAGGGAAAAGAGAUUGUGACAGCUGCUCCCCAGAGAUUUAAGAUUGAUAUUCUGCCUGUGGAUGACGGGACUCCAAGAAUUGUUACCAACCUGGGACUGCAGUGGCUGGAGAUUAUGAAUAAUAAAGCUAUGAACCUGAUCACAAAGAGGGAACUGUUCACCAUUGAUCCCGACACGGAAGACAAGCAACUGGUUUAUGAGAUAACCUCGGAGCCAAGCCACGGACACCUGGAGAACAAACUGAGGCCCGAGGCCCCUAUAUUAUCAUUCACGCAGGAGGAUAUUAACUUGGGUUUGGUCAGCUACAUUCUAAAUGAAGACAAGAUUCAAAAGACCAUGGACACGUUCAAGUUUUUGGUGAAAGAUAGCAAGCCCAACAUCGUCAGCGAUAACGUGUUCCACAUCCAGUGGUCACUCAUCAGCUUCGAAUACACCAGUUACAACGUGAGUGAAAAGGCUGGCUCUGUGAGCAUCACAGUGAAGAGGACUGGUAACCUCAAUCAGUACGCGAUUGUACUGUGUCGUUCUGAGCAAGGGUCGGCGACUUCUACAUCUGGAGCUGGUUUAAGGCUAAGUCAGCAGGAUUACGUGGAGUAUGCAGGUCAGGUUCAGUUUGAUGAGCGAGAAGACACAAAAGUCUGUACAAUAGUUAUAAACGAUGACCUGGUGUUUGAGAACAUUGAGAGCUUCACCGUGGAGCUGAGCAUGCCUGCAUACGCACUGCUCGGGAAAAUUACCAGGGCCAAGGUGAAUAUCAAUGAUACAGAGGACGAGCCCACACUUCAGUUUGACAAGAAACUAUAUCGAGUUAAUGAAAGUGCUGGAUUCCUGUUUGCUCCAAUUGAAAGGAAAGGAGACACCAGCAGUAUGGUCUCUGCCAUCUGCUACACCGUACCAAAAACUGCCAAGGGCAGCAGUCUGUAUGCCCUGGAAUCCGGUUCUGAUUUCAAAUCCAGGGGAAUGACAAACCAGAAUCGUGUGGUGUUUGGCCCCGGCGUAAGCAUGUCAACGUGUGAUGUCAAGCUGAUUGAUGACAGCGAGUACGAGGAAGAGGAGGACUUUGAGAUCAUCUUGGCCAAUGCUUCUGACAAUGCACGGGUUGGGGACUUUGCAGCUGCCAAAGUCAUAAUAAACGGCCCCAAUGAUGCCUCUCUGGUAUUUCUUGGAAACUCAUCUUUUACUGUUAGUGAAGAUGCAGGUUUCAUUGAAAUACCGAUCAUCAGGCAUGGCAGUGAUUUGUCCUCACCCACUUCCGUGUGGUGUGCCACCCGCCCUUCCGACCCUCCCUCUGCCACCCCCGGCAUUGACUACAUCCCGAGCUCCAAGAGGAUCGACUUUGCACCAGGGAAAACAGAAGCAAGUUGUACUUUGACCAUUCUGGAUGAUGUACAGAACCCAAUCAUUGAAGGGAAUGAAACUUUCAUUGUAUUCCUGAGCUCAGCGCAAGGAGCAGAGCUGACUCGACCCUACUCAGCCAUCGUUGCUAUCAAUGACACCUUUCAGGAUGUCCCGAGCAUGCAGUUUGGUAAGGAUGUCUACAGAGUAAAGGAAAAGGAAGAUGAAUUGCAUGUUUCCGUAAUCCGAACUGGCGAUCUCAGCUAUGAAUCAUCUGUGAGAUGUUAUACACAACAGCUGACUGCGGCAUUGAUGGAAGACUUUGAAGAAAGAAGAAAUUCAGAUGAUUCACGCCUUACAUUCCAAAAGGGAGAAAAGGUAAAGAAUUGCACAGUUGUAAUAAAUGAUGACACUGUCUUUGAGCCUGAAGAAAAGUUCCAACUUCACUUGGGCAAUCCUAUGGGCAAUCACUGGAGUGGGGCCAAAGUCGGGAAAAAUAACGUGGCCACUGUAACUAUCUCAAACGAUGAAGAUGCCCCAACAAUUGAAUUUGAAGAGGCAGCGUACCAGGUGCAUGAGCCGUCGGGCCCUGAUGCCAUUGCUAUACUCAACAUCAAGGUGCUGAGGAAGGGGGAUCAGAACAGGACGUCGAAGGUUCGCUGCAGCACUCGGGAUGGUUCUGCACAGUCAGGCAUCGACUACAACCCCAAGAGCAGGGUGCUCAAAUUUAGUCCCGGCAUUGACCACAUCCUAUUUAAAGUGGAGAUCCUGUCCAAUGAAGAUCGAGAAUGGCACGAGUCGUUUUCCCUGGUGCUGGGGCCAGACGACCCUAUUGAGGCCAUUCUCGGCGACCUAACUAUGGCCACGGUGACCAUUCUCGACCAGGAGGCAGCAGGAAGUCUAAUUUUACCAGCACCACCUAUUGUCGUGUCUUUAGCUGAUUAUGACCACGUUGAAGAGGUAACAAAGGAAGGAACCAAAAAGACUCCAUCGCCUGGCUACCCUCUGGUGUGUGUAACUCCAUGUGACUCACAUUUCCCAAAGUACUCAGUAAUGAAGGAACGCUGUGACGAGGCAGGAAUUAACCAGUCAACCAUUCGCUUCAGCUGGGAAGUGGCUGCGCCCACAGAUACAAGCGGAGCCAGGUCCCCAUUUGAGACUGUCACGGACAACACUCCUUUCACCAGUACCACCCACAUGGUGCUUGAUAGUAUCUACUUCAGCCGUCGUUUCCAUGUCCGUUGUGUUGCCAAAGCAGUGGACAAGGCUGGCCAUGUUGGAACACCGCUGAGGAGCAAUAUUAUUACCAUAGGAACGGAUAGUUCGAUAUGCCACACGCCGGUAGUGGCGGGGACAGCAAGGGGAUUCCAGGCCCAAUCCUUCAUAGCCACCUUGAAGUACUUGGAUGUCAAGCACAAGGAACAUCCCAACAGAAUCCACAUCUCUGUGCAGAUCCCUCACCAGGACGGUAUGCUGCCUUUGGUGUCCACUAUGCCAUUGCACAACCUCCACUUCCUCUUGUCCGAAUCCAUAUACAGGCACCAGCACAUCUGCUCCAACCUGGUUACACUCAAGGACCUCAGGAGCAUUACAGACUCCGGAUUUUUGGAUGAUGUCAUCUAUGACAGCAUCAGUCUGGGCCCCGGGUUUGAUCGGCCAUUCCAGUUUGACCCAAACGUAAGAGAACCUAAAACCCUCCAACUGUAUAAACACCUCAACCUGAAGAGCUGCAUCUGGACGUUUGACGCUUACUAUGAUAUGACAGAACUGAUUGAUGUCUGUGGCGGCUCAGUGACAGCUGACUUCCAGGUUCGAGACUCUGCCCAGUCAUUCCUGACUGUGUCAGUACCAUUGUAUGUGUCGUACAUUUACGUGACGGCACCAAGAGGCUGGGCUUCACUGGAACAUCACACUGAGAUGGAGUUCUCAUUCUUUUAUGACACUGUUCUGUGGAGAACAGGAAUUCAGACCGACAGUGUGUUGUCAGCACAGCUUCAGAUAAUACGCAUUUACAUCAGAGAAGAUGGCCGUUUAGUCAUUGAAUUCAAGACCCAUGCUAAAUUUAGAGGUCACUUUGUGAUGGACCACCACACACUGCCGGGGCAGAAGUCUCAGAUUGUGGCUCCUGAUCAUUUAGGAGGUAUUGAAUUUGACCUGCAGUUGCUCUGGAGCACUCAGACCUUUGAUUCUCCUUAUCAGCUGUGGCGAGCAACCAGUUCCUACAACAGAAAAGAUUAUUCGGGAGAGUACACCAUCUUUUUGAUCCCCUGCACUGUCCAGCCAACUCAGCCAUGGAUUGACCCUGGACAUAAGCCAUUGGCCUGUACAGCCCAUGCUCCUGAAAAGUUCCUUGUUCCAAUCGCCUUUCAACAGACAAAUCGCCCAGUUCCAGUUGUCUACUCUCUCAACACAGAGUUUCACCUUUGCAAUAACGAAAAGGUUUUUAUGAUGGAUCCAUCAGAAACACAGAUGUCUUUAGCUGAGAUGGAUUAUAAAGGAGCCUUCUCAAUGGGUCAACGGUUGUAUGGACGUGUGCUGUGGAAUCCUGACCAGAACCUCAACUCUGCCUACCGAUUACAACUAGAGAAGGUGUAUCUGUGCACGGGGAAGGAUGGUUAUGUCCCCUUCUUCGAUCCAACCGGAACUAUUUAUAAUGAGGGUCCACAAUAUGGCUGCAUCCAGCCCAACAAACAUCUGAAGCAUAGAUUUCUCCUUUUGGAUCGGAACCAACCAGAAGUAACAGAUAAGUAUUUUCACGAUGUACCUUUUGAUGCUCAGUUUGCCUCCGAAGCACCAGUGUUCCAUCUAAUGAGGGACAUGCCUGGAGUGGAUGGUUUCACAAUGAAGGUGGAUGCUCUUUACAAGGUGGAAGCCGGCCAUCAGUGGUACUUGCAAGUCAUCUACAUUAUUGGUCCACAGUCGCUGUCUGGCCCACGGGUUCAGCGCUCGCUCAGCUACCAACUUACGCGCAGCAAGCGAGACCUGGUGGACCACAACGGCAAGCUGACACUCGACGACUCUCUAAUUUAUGAUAACGAACAUGAGCAGGUGAAAAAUGGCACCAACAUGAAGACCUUGAGACUGGAAUUGGAGGCUUUGGCACAAACCUCUCACAAAGAGGCAUCAAUAGGUGGAGCCGCCGGUGCCGUGCUGCUACUGCUCCUCUUCCUUACCAUCGCUUGCUUUGUAGCGAGGAAGUGUAAGCACAAGAAGAAAUUCCCCAAUGAGAUCCCGGAGGAAUAUCCACUGAACACAAAAGUUGAAAUUUGUAACAAAACACUGAACAGGAUUGAAAAGAACUUAAAUGGCAAACACUGCAGCUCGAAGAACAUCAACUUACUGAAUAAAAAUGAUGAUGUUAUUCGGGUAAAGGGUGUCAAGGUUAAGCAGAUAAACCUUAACAUUAAGCUGCAAAAUAAUCUGCAGGAUGGAACAGAGGUUUGAUGAUUGACAAAUUUUGUCAUAACAUUUGUAUUUUUUGGUUGGGAAGGGGGGUAGGUGAGGGCAGUGAAGAGAGUGGUUCUUUUAAAAAAAAAAAAAACUAUUUUAAUGCCAAAAGGGAAACUGGUUUGAGUGCUACUGAUUGUGCAGUGUGAUCCAUUUUUGCAAUUGAGCUACCUCGUUCUAUGCAAGCAUGUUAAGCAUUAAUACAGUGCUCGUUAAAUCAAGUGCAAAACUCUGAAAAUGGAUGCCUUUGGUGAAUUAUCUCCGGUCUCUCUGUAAUCUCUGUUAACAUUUGUCUACCGGUAGCUCAAUCACUGUGCAUGCUUUUAAAUAUUAAUGCAUUUUCAUUCUCUUAUAGCUUGGCUGACUGAUCAUUUGUGUGAACAUACCUGUGAAAGAGCAAACCAUUUCAAAUUACAUGAGUAUUAUUGCAUUGUUUCCAGCUAUGCACUCGUAUGUGUAUUGUCAUGUAAAAGUUAGUUUAUAAUUGGAUGAGAUAUGUAAAUAUCCUAUUGUUUGAAGUGCAAUUCCUUUUUGGAGGCAAAUUUCAUCCAGGUUAAUUUGUACCACAUCAGGUUCUGUGUUUUGGAAUGAUUGUUGUUCCCAUCAGCUUUAUUUCAACGUGAAAGCUAUUUCAACUUAUUUUUUAUACGUGAUAAAACUUUGGACAGACCAAACUCAGACAGGUAUUGUUAAUUAUUUGGGUGUCUUUUGCACCCCCAGUGAAAUCUUGGUUGUGUUAUUUUUAAACCAGUAUCAUUUUACGAAGCACUGUAUGUAUCAUGUACUGUCGCUUUUAUAUCCUGUGUAGUGGUGGAGUACAAGUAAACGUCAGGCUUUAUGUCAGAUUGAUGCUGUGUGACAAAUCAUAUCAGAAUUGUAAGAUUACUGUCUGCACAAAAAUACCUCAGUAGUCUCGCUGAUGGUAGACCACCGUCAUCAGUUAUUCUACUAUUUAUGUGCAAGAAAACAAGGAAACAGGAAAACCCAUUAACCUUUGUUUUCAGUAUGGAUCAGACGACUGAGUGAGCUCUCAUCUUAUCCGAGCUAGUAACUGAAUGACCCAAUUGUGGUGCUGGAAUUUAUUUUCUUUACAUCGGUAUGUUGAGCUAAUGAUAAAGAAGCUGACUGCUAAAUUACCUAACAUGAUAUUUUCACCUAAUAAAGCACAUUUUAUUUAAUAAGAAA